GUAUGGAAAAACAAUUUAUCUCUAUUAUCUCCCUCUACAGACUUAACCACUUAAACAUUGAUUGGAAGAUUUGUGCGUGCACAGUUAAUUUUAUUGCUUGGGCAACUCUAUAGUCUGGUGAUUAGGGAUUGAACUGGCCUUUUUGUUGGGAACUCCCAAACAUCUAUGUCUCUUAGUCCUCAGGCGAAGAAUCGAUCUUCUGCCAGGGUACUGGGCUGUUGGCGCCUGCUAGCAUUCUAGGAACAAAAUGGUAGGAGGGGCUGUGCUGAAGAAUCUCAGUCAUUUAAAAUACAGAGAUUAACUUAUUUUCCCUAUUUUAAAAUUAAUUUUUAUUAUACAUUUAUUAUUUUUUUUUUUUGAAUGGGGAAUACAUAUAAUGGUAAACCGUUUAAAGGAGAUGAAAGAAGGUAGAAUGAAAAGGUGGACUGUCAUCUUGUGCCGCAGGCAGCCAGUUUCCUUCCUCGGGAGCAUUACUCGUCUCUGGUGUGGUCUUUCUGUGUGUGUGUUUAUAUUUCCCCCCAACACACAUAGCAGUAGCAUAUUGCACACUAUUCUGUACUUUUUUUUUUUUUCAACCACUUAAUCUGUGUUUGGUUUUCUUUGCUUUAGGGAGCUAUGUUUCUUUCUUAAAAGUUCAUGUUUUUGUUCUGUGAUUACCUUAGUAACUAUGAUUUUGUAUUAUACUUAAUCUUCUCUUUCUUCUGUCAAUGUUUACUGACUUCCCUAUGCUGAACAGUUACCAGUUUUAUUUUCAUUUCCCUUUCUCUCCCCUGCGUCCUUUCCGCUCCAGAUUUGAUGAUUAUAUUGUUUGAUUAGUGUAAGGUAGAUCUGUCUGCAGGCAAACCUUUAUAUGCAGAUUUCAACUCUUUCUCUCAUUUUCAGCCCCCUAGCUUCAUUCCUACAUUUCUUAUAUUCAGUCCUCCAGUUUCUGAGCCUUUGCACGGCAAGUUGCUUCAUUGUCAUCAGUAUGUUCUCUUCAGGUUCUUGAGUUAAGGCCUUCUCCCCUCUGCUAAAUCAGUUUUCUCUCUUCCAACCACUUUUUUAAAAUUUAAUUUUAUAUUGGAGUAUAGUUGAUUUACAAUAUUGUGUUAGUUUUAGGGGUACAGCAGAGUGAUUCAGUUAUACAUAUACAUAUAUCCAUCCUUUUUCAGAUUCUUUUCCCCUGUAGGUUAUCACAGAAUAUUGAGUAGAGUUCCAUGUGCUGUACUAUACAGUAGGUCCUUGUUGAUUAUCUAGUUUAUAUGUAGUGUGAAUAUGUUAAUCCCAAACUCCCUCCCCACUGCAACCACUUUCUAUCUUCUGAAAAUAUUUUGAAAUUUCUCAUCUUUAGACAAGUUCUUUCCCAUUACUUGUCCUGUGGUUUUACAUCUUUUUUGCCCCUUUAUUUCAUUUUCUUGGAGUUUCAGGAGGGAGAAGAAAUCAUGUGAAGUGGGCUGUCAUAUUUAACCAGAAGUCUAAAAUUAAUUAAUUUAAAAAAUUAACUGAGAACAGAAAGUGUGCGGGAGCUGGGCGGGCGCGCGGACACCGCGGCCGGGCCCCGCUGCUUGGCUGCGCACGUGCCCGCCGCCUCCCUCAGCGCCUCUGGGAGCGCCCACCCGCCCUCCACCAGUAUGGCCACGUCUUCCCAGUACCGCCAGCUGCUGAGUGACUACGGGCCGCCAUCUCUAGGCUACGCCCAGGGAACUGGGAAGAGCCAGGUGCCCCAGAGCAAACACGCGGAGCUGCUGGCCGUCAUCGAAGAGCUGGGGAGAGAGGUCAGGCCCCCCUCCACGGGCAGCAGGAGCGCGAUGGAGAGCCUCAAACGCGGCGUCAUCCUCGCGCGAGGAUUGGUGGUGCGGGAGUGCUUGGUUGAAACGAACGGAAGGCCGGGUCCUAGCUGCCUCGUGAGCCUGGAAGGUUUUCUGUCUUCUUCCGAGAGGAGAAGUUACAGGUCAUCUCGCCUGUUAGGAUGA